AUGGAACAACCAGCAACCCCAAAUUCCAUUUCAUCAUCAACAACACCUGCUGCAACAUCUUCAAACGAGCCAAAGAAGAGACCAAUCCCACCACCAGAAGAACUAAUCUCACACUACGAAUCCAAAGGGCUUGAGAAAAAUGAAGCAUCGAUGAAAGUAAUUGAAGAUUUACAGAAUGUAAUAUUCAGGAUCUUAAGUUCAAAAGGAAGUAAAAAAGAUAAAUUCAUGGCUAAAAGCUCAAGAAUGCUUGAUACGGUGAACACUCGUUUGAACAUUUUGGAAUUGAAAUUGGAUUCUAAACCUAAUUUUGGUCAGACACUUGGUAUUGGUGUAGUUGCUGGUGGAAUUGGGAGUGUUGUUCCUCAUGUUUUUGGUGCUAUUGGCCAGAUUUGGAGUUCUGUUACGAAUUCUACUAAGAAUUGA